CUCAGCUCUCUCUCAAUCGCGUCUCUGCUAGCUAGUCUGCUCUCAGUCGACUCUCUGCUAGCUAGUCUGCUCUCGCGACUCUCUUCUCCCGACUCUCUACUCUCUCUCAGUCGCGUCUCUGCUCUCAGACGCCUCUCUGCUCUCGCCAAUCUUCAAUGGGAAAACUGGGAAUUAGAAAGAGUAAGAAGAGACUUAGGCCGGAGGAAGCAGCCGAAGCAAUCAUUACAUCUGGACCUGGUACAACUCUGUCUCUCUCUGCUCAGACGACUCCGGUCAAUUCUUCUUCUGGUACAACUCCUUCUCUCUCUAAUUUAUUGCCCCAAAUUAGUGAAGAAGCUUCUGAUGUUAGUCAAGAUACUCGGAAUAGUAGGAAACGCAGUUGGGUAUGGAAGCAUUUUGAUGAAUAUACAGACAGGAAAGUCACUAAGGUGAAGGGUAAGAAAGAUAUUGUACAUGAAUCUCAGAGGGCCAAGUGUAGAUACUGUCCUAAGGGUCCUUUAGGAGACUAUGCUUGUGAUUCUCGUAGCAAUGGAAAUUCAGGGAUGCUUAGGCACUUAAAGUUUAACUGCAAGUUUUAUCCUGGUAGGAAAGUGAAAGUAGUAGAGAAAAAUCAGCCAGUAUUUUCUAGUGAUAAAAGUAAGGGCAAUACGAUGAAGAUGGUAGCAUAUAAUCCUGAUGCAGUGAUGCAAGCUUGUGUUGAAAUGGUUGUAGUUGAUGAACUUCCUUUUAGGUUUGUUGAAAAGCAAGGAUUUAGGCACUUUUGUCAUGUUGCAGUGCCUUUGUUUAAAGUCCCUUGUAGGAAAACUUUGGUGAAGAACUUUCUGAGUUUGUAUGAUAAGACGAAGAAGAAGUUGAUUUCUGAUAUUAAAUGUCAUCGGGUGUGCCUCACUACCGAUACUUGGACAAGUGUUCAAAACAUGAACUACAUGGUGCUAACGGCACACUUUAUCGAUGAUAAGUGGGAAAUGCAUAAGAGGAUAAUCAACUUCUGCAUUAUAUCUUCUCACAUCGGGAAUUCUAUAGGUCUUCUUAUCGAGGCGUGUUUGCUUCAGUGGGGAAUUAGCAAGGUUCUUACCAUCACAGUCGAUAAUGCUGCAGCAAAUAAGUGUGCCAUUGAUUAUGUUAGGUCCAAACUGAACAAAAGAGAAAAACCGGAAUCCAUAUUAGGGGGUCAGCACAUGCAUGUUAGGUGUACAUCCCAUAUUUGUAAUUUGAUAGUUGGAAGUGGGUUAAAAAGGUUGAAUAAAGCAGUGUUAGCGAUAAGAAAUGCAGUGAAGUUUGUGAGAUCUUCACCGUCAAGGUUGGAAAGCUUUAAGGCAUGUGCAGCAAAGGAAGAGAUCUCUUGUCAAAUUCUGGUUGUUAUGGAUGUUCCUACAAGGUGGAAUUCAACAUUUUUAAUGUUGCAAGCUGCCUUGAAGUUCAAAGCAGUCUUUGCAAGAAUGGCAGUUGAAGCAGACACUGGUUUUGCAGCCUAUUUCAAUGAGCCUGACGAAGAGUUCGAUGAGGAGGGAAACUUGCUUCCAACCAAAGGCAGGAGGCCUAAAGUAGGACCACCCGAGGAGGAAGAAUGGUAUAAGGCAAAAGUGUUUGUGCAUUUUCUUUUGACGUUUUUCGAAGCUACUCUAAGAGCUAGUGCAAGUAAUCAUCCCACUAUCCACACCACACUUCAUGAUGUUUUAGCAAUGGAAACUGAGAUUGGAAAGCUCCUUGUGCAGCCUGAAAUAGCAACACAAACAGAAACUGAGAAGACUUUGUAUGAGAUGGGCCAACAGAUGAAGGCCAAGUUCCUCAAGUACUACGGGACUUAUUCUGAUUUGAAUCCAUUAGUAUUUGUGGGGCUGAUUCUUGAUCCUAGGUGUAAGCUCAGACACAUAAGUCAUCUCUUCACAAUAGAAGACUUUACCAAGCAAGAGGUGGAGACUAAAACGAAGAAGUUGAAGGAUGUGUUGAUGUCCUUGUAUGAAGAAUAUGCACCAACGUAUGCUACUGUAAAGAAGACAACUGAAAGAAACGUUAGUAGCACAUCACAAAGCUCAGGAUCAAGUAGUGGCAGCAGAGGUUACAUGGCUGACUGGAGCAAGGUUGUUUCUGAGCUUGAUGAGGCUGUGGUUGUGCAUGAAGUUGACAAAUACUUGCUGGAUCCUCUUGAGGUCACUAACCCUAAUGAGAAGGAAGCAUUUGAAUUUCCUAUUUUGCUAUGGUGGAGGAUGAAUGGACCCAAGUACCAUGUUCUUGCAGCAAUAGCCAAAGAUGUAAUGGCUAUUCAAGUUUCAACUGUUGCAUCCGAGUCUGCUUUUAGCACCAGAGGCAGAGUCAUUGACAGCUUUAGGAGUUCCUUGACUCCUAAAUCUGUUGAAGCAUUGAUAUGUUUACAAAGCUGGUUGAGGGGUAAUGAAAUUAGCUGCAUACAAGAGGAACCAUCCAUUACAGACAAUGAGUUUUAUGAGCAGUGUGAGAGAGAGCAUGUAAGCACAGCCUCUUCAAGUAACUGUCCUCCUCCAACAUUCAAGGGAAAGAAACAAGUUGUUGAAGUUGAUGAUGAAUCAGAUGAUGAACUUGUUGAAGUCGGUGAUGAUGACACUGAGCUAGGAUCUGAAUAUGAUUCAGAGACAAGUUAA